CAGCUUUUUGCAGACCGGCAUGGCUGAUCAAGACUUGAAGCAGUUGGCCGCUGCUCUACACCAGAGCUAUUCAAAAUACCUUAACACACGAGAUCUCGAAAGCCUUAAGCAUCUGAACCAGUACAACUCGCAUCUUCCCUUGUCCUGGUUCACUCCGCAACUUCUGAAUGCUCUUCAGGCUCAUUUUAGCACUGACGAUGCACAGGCACAACCUCCCAUCUUUGGUUUAUGGUCAACGUGGAUCCGUCGUCUUGUUCUCUCUGGAGGCGAUUUGAGUGAAGCUCAGGCGCAAUUGACAUUUGUCGUGAAGCAAUUCGAGAAUGUCUUGUCCACGGAAAACGCCGUCGACUGCAGUCAUGACGAAUCUGUUAAAUUCGCUGUGAUUGCUCUCAGCUGCAUGACUGGUAUAGAUACCGGUGUGACGAAUGACAUGGAACUGGCUAGGAUAAUGUCUCUGGCCUUACCCAUAGCGGUGUGCUCACCUCAAGACAAAGAUCUACAAGAUACGAUAGAUGCAAGCUUGUCUUAUUUCGUGGGCAACACGACCAGCCCCGAAGCCAUUACAUUUGUUCUGUCAGCAUACACAAACCAUCUUGGACACCAAUUACGGCGAAUCUUCUUACUUGUUGAGAAUGCCUCGGACCUUCGGUGGCAGGACAAGAAUAAUGGCCCGUCAUUAACAAUGUUAUGGGAUGCUCUCCAAAAGGUUGAAAGCGAAAAGGCGUCAAAAGCUGCAUCUGUUAGUGCCAUCGCUGGCCUGGUCCGUAUGUUACAAUUUGCAAAAGGAAAUCGCUCAAAGUCGGUGCAGCAUAUUGAAAGGGAGGGCGAAUCCGUCAUUGUUAAUUACUUGAAUGAUGUGACAGCUCAGUGGAGAAAAUCUACUGAUGCCGAGGAGAUCAGUACGAUGCAAGAUGUCACUUUAUUCAUGGCAAGUCAAUGUAUACCAGCAAUGCCACAAAAGGGCUUGAACGCGUUGGACAAUGAGACAAUGCUCCAGUGCCUGAUCGAUGGCUUGAUAACCAGUAAAAACACCUGGGCAAAUGGAUCCUUCUUCCGAAAUAUACCAUGGGAAUCCCAGUCAGCAUUAGAGGCGCUAGAACAUCUUACAGCAAACGAAAAGUUUAAAGACAUUGGCCGACUUUGUCGAGCGAUUGGCAGAAUAAUAGACACAUCGUUACAAGUGCAAGUCAAGACAAAGAGCGCCAAACCAGCAGAAUACAUUACACAAGCAGUAGAACGUUUGACCGCAUUUUCUUAUAAUCUGUACGUCGAUUGGGACCAAUGCACAAGACAACCAGAUUACCCCACACCGCCUGCUUCUGCAGCAUCAACCGAUAAGCCUGAACCAGCAGCCGAUCGACCUGUCAAUGCUCGGAUACACGAGCAAGUGUGGAACGUCUUUAAGACCGUCCUCUUUGGCUUUACUACUAUUUUAUUGGCGGUGGCUGUAGAUGCAGUUGGGGGAACAGGCUUUGUACAUGUUCCAUCUGUUGCACAAGACAUUGUUGUUUCGUUUGCCAACCUCAACUUCAUUACUGAUCACUUAGGAGUCGCUAACGAUUUCCAAGCCUAUCAAAACACUCUGGCUGCUGCAGUUACCUUCUUGAAAACGGAUGACCAAGUACAAAAUCUUAAUAACCUGAUGCGUGAUUCUUUCCGAGAAUACUAUAUCUCAAAGUACAGUACGAAUAGCACACUGGCUCUCACUUCUGUUCAGCAGACAAGAGUAUUGUUCUUUGUGGACUUGCUGGAACAAGUCGUAGAUCUCAUCAAUGACAGCACACUAGAGAACGACAUUCUUCCUGUCAUUUAUCAAUUGCUUGGCGACGACCACAGCAAAGCCUUGUUCGAAAGCGCGCAUGCUGUUGUGUUGAGCAUUUUUGAAGCCAAAAAACCAGUGUCAAGGGAAUUGGCAUGCGUAUAUGCCAAGAUACUCAUUGAGAGCUAUCCUAACAAGCUGUCGCAUCAACAGUUGCGACUAGCCUAUACCAACAUGGUACAAGCGCUAUGUGAGAUUGAUGACUCGGUAGCGUGGCUGACAGUGAAUCAUUUGCGACAACACAUUGAUAAGCUGGAUGAAAAGGACGUCAUACAAAGAUCUCAGUUCUUGGUGACCUUGAUAGAUCAAAUGAAGCCCAUAUCGCUUGGACCUUUCUUCAGCAUGAUGAUGAACGAUAUUGGAAAUCUGAUACGCAAUGAGUCUCCUGCUAGUGCUGUGGCGCUGCUGAAAAUUGUCUUCGAGACAGUCAGCGGCAACAGCAUAAGCGAUAUGCGAAGAGUAGAUGCCGUUUGUUGGUACCUUCAAUUGAAACGAGAUAUUGAAGCCAAAGCCCCAACUUCGAUUGUUCCUUCUAUUGGAACUGACUCGCCGGCGAUGUCGUAAAAAAAAAAGAAAGAAAGAAAAGUAGAGUAAAAGAAUAGUUUCUUGUAGCAAUAUAAUAA